UGUCACCAGGAAGGGAGCUCGGUGCGGGGGGCGCAUCAGGGGCCACCCAUGUGGCUGCUGCCUCUUGGGGAGCCCCCCAGAUGGACGCGGGGUCCGGAAGCGCAGGGCGCAAACUUUUCGGCCAGCGGACCCUCGAAUGAAUGGAGCGAUCUGGCUGCCCUGGAUUUCCACUCGGGGUUUACCUUUGAAAGGAGGGAGAAGGGUCCCCAGGAAAAUCCGGAGGAGCAGAGGAGCUUGCUUUCUCAGGGGACAUACAGAAGAAAUUCCUGGUAACGGAUAGCUGAAACGAAGGAUAGACACAUCCAUAUUCCAGCAACCUGUCUGGAGGAUCAAGGGUCAACGGGAAGAUUGGCUUGAGUUAGUUCUUCAUCGGAUGACAGCUGAAGAAAUUGUCUGGGAAGACCCUUCAAAUGGUGGAACUUUGAUGUGGGAUCUUACCGUAGCCCUGUGUCUGUUGGUAGGGUUUUCCGAACAUCCUCCAGCCUCAUUUCUAUUCUGCCUUCCUUCUUCCAGUCGACCUUUUUCUUCCAGUCGGUCUCCCAGCCGAUCUUUUUCUUUCCAUAUAGGACCAAUUUUCAUCUCGUCCAUCCAUCUUGCCUUCCUUCCACUCCUCCCCAUUUCACCCUCCUUCCAUUGCAGAAAGCCAUGAUGCUAAAUUCAGACCAGACAGAGAUUGAUCUCCAGCCAACACAUUCGGAGACAGAGUCGGUCUUUAGCGACUGUGGGGGUGGAGGGGGCCGUGGGGUUGGGGUGGAAGAGGCCGGUGCUCUUGGCCUCUGCAGCCAGUCCAGGGUAGUUGAAUCUGGGGAGACCAUGAAAAAAGACCUCCAGCACCUGACCCGGGAGGAGCGCCGACGGCGGCGCCGUGCCACAGCCAAGUACCGGACAGCCCAUGCCACACGGGAGCGGAUCCGGGUCGAGGCCUUCAACAUGGCUUUUGCCGAACUUCGCAAGCUCCUGCCGACGCUUCCCCCGGAUAAGAAGCUCUCCAAGAUUGAAAUCCUACGACUAGCAAUCUGCUAUAUCUCGUACCUCAACCAUGUGCUGGAUGUCUGAAUAGCAAGGGCUGCAGCGGUCUUCCAGGGUCAAACACCCCUGACCCCUUCCCUAUUCUGGAACUGUUAACACUGAGCCCAGCUCUGUUCAACUUCAAGCUGAAUCUGCUAUUUGAACCACAUUUUAGCCAUCUCUGAGUUCACAUCCUAAGUGGAACAUACGAUAGGUAUCUGAGUUGUCCGUAGCCACCCACCUGCUCCACCUCCUGUGCAACAGAGGUGCUGCUGCCACACUAGGGUUGCCCACUCCUGGCUGGGAAACUCCUGGAGAUUGGGGGUGGAGCUUGGGGAGGCCUGGGGUUAGGGAGAGAAGGGACCUCGGCGGAGUAUAAUGCCAUAGAGUCCCCCCCUCCAAAGUAACUAUGUCAUCCAGGGGAACGGAUCUCUGUAGUCUGGAAAUCAGACAUUAUUCCCAGAGUAGAAUUUGCCACGUGUUUGCAUUUGGAAUCUCCCACGGAAUCCUCAGAGGCACCAGGUGACUGAAAUGAUGUCUGAGCUGCAGUCAUUUCCAAGGACAGGGAAACAAACAACUGCAGCGAUGGAAUGAGAGGCAGCGUGGCAUAGUGGUUAAGAGUAGAUAGAUUCUAAUCUAGAGAACCGGGUUUGAUUCCCCACUCCUCCACCUGAGUGGCGGAGGCUUAUCUGGUGAACCAGAUGUGUUUCCGCACUCCUACAU